UGGUUGUGUGUGGAGUAAUUGUGGUGGGAUGUGCGAUCCUGAUGUCCGUGGUGCGAGUGUGUUGAGCCCUGUGGUGCUUUCUGGGUGCUCGUCCUGAGAGAUGGGUGGUGAGGUGUUUGUGAUCGUCAUAUGUAUCGUGAUUCUAAUCUUAAUCGAGUCGACUUCUGUGUAGCUUUUGGUGUAGUUGGUAACUCUGUGUUUGGUUUUAAGUGACCCUCUUUCCCCUCUGGCCACCCCUUCUUAGUCUCCUUUGCUCCCUCCCCCUCACCCCUAGCAGUUCUUGACUCUGUUCCGUUGCUUUUCAGUUUUCCUUGGUGAUCUUUACCAGAUCCAUUAUCUCAAAAUCUUAUGGUUUGCUUCUCUUAUUAUAUGUACUAGUUCGUUAUGGUCAUGAUCAUUAAUGCUGCCGAACAAGUCUCCCCUAAACUCAGUGGUAUGCCACAACAAGCAUUUAUUCUCAUGGUCACAGAUUUGCAUGUUGACUGUGUUCUGUUGACUUAGGCCAGGCUGCAGAUCUUCUCCACAUGUGUUCUUUCUGUGGUUCAGACUAAAAGGACAGUAGUUACUAGGACUUGUUUUCUAAUGGUGGAUCACCAGAGCACAAAACAGAUCAUAAAACAUCCCUAAAAGUCUGCUCCCAAAUAUAUUAACAUCACAUGAGCCAAAGCAGCUCACAUGACUAAGCUUAACAUCAGGUCUGUCGCUUUUAAACAGGAUACGCUGGACAUCCCCACCCCCCAGACUGUUUAUUAUUUUAAUAGGUCAACUCUAUUCCAUGUGGAAGGAGUGAACAAAAAUCUUGAAGAUCAGAAAGCAGUGAUUAUUGGGGCUGGUUACCAUAAGAUUCUAGUGAGAAAACGUGAGAUAAAUUGGACUUAUGUCAUAAACCCACAGGUCCUUGGUCUACAAAGCCAGGUCUGUGAUGUGAGUGGAAAAGAAUCCUGAAAAGCAAGUAUCUAGCAUGGAAGAAGACCUCCUGACCUAGCCUCUCCUGGAGGCUGAAGAAUCCAAGACAAAGUGUCCCCUGGAAUUGUUCAACCCACAGCCCCUCUUUACCCUUUCAACCAGAGCAGGCAAGGCCUGAAUGACAUCACGGUUGUCAGAGAUCAGCGCUGACUGUGUGACAAUGGAACAUUUAACCCAGAUGAUGGAAAGAAGAGCUUGGAAUUCUCAGGACUCUGGCCUUGUCAAGGAAGAAGACGAUAUGACCACUCUCCCAGCACCUCCACAUGGAAUAGUGACAUUUAAGGAUGUUGCUGUGGACAUCACCCAGGAAGAAUGGCAGCAGAUGAAACCUGCUCAGAGAAAUCUGUACCGGGAUGUGAUGCUGGAGAACUAUAGCAACCUAGUCAUCGUGGGCUGUCAAGUCACCAAACCAGACGUGAUCUUCAAGUUGGAACAGGAAGAGGAGCCAUGGGUGGCACAGGACGAAAUGUUUGGGAGACAUUGUCCAGAAGUUUGGGAAGUUGGUGAACAACAGAUCAAGAAGCAACAGGAUAUACUUGUGAAGAAAUUCACAUCCAUCUCUAAGAAAACACUGAUUAAGGAAAACAUCAUUGAAUGUAAAAAAAUGACAAAAAUAUUUCCUCUGAGCUCAGACAUUGUUACUUCAAGACAAAGCUUCUAUGAAUGUGACUCAUUUGAUAAGGGCUUAGAAUAUAAUUUCAACUUACUUAAUUAUGAGAAAGGCUGUGUAAGAGAGAAAAAUUAUGAAUGUAGUAAGUAUGGGAAGCCAUUUUACCAUUGCUCAUCUCAUGCUGUCACCCCCUUUAAGUGUAACCAGUGUGGACAAGACUUUAGUCAUAAAUUUGACCUCAUCAGACAUGAGCGAAUUCAUGCUGGAGAGAAACCCUAUGAAUGUAAGGAAUGUGCAAAAGCCUUCAGCAGAAAGGAAAAUCUUAUCACACAUCAAAAAAUUCAUACUGGGGAAAAACCAUAUAAAUGUAAUGAAUGUGGAAAAGCUUUCAUUCAAAUGUCAAACCUCAUUAGACAUCAGAGAAUCCACACAGGGGAGAAACCUUAUGCAUGUAAGGCUUGUUGGAAAGCCUUCAGUCAGAAAUCCAAUCUCAUUGAACAUGAAAGAAUUCAUACUGGCGAAAAACCCUAUGAAUGUAAGGAAUGUGGAAAAUCCUUCAGCCAGAAGCAAAAUCUUAUUGAGCAUGAGAAAAUUCAUACCGGGGAGAAACCGUAUGCGUGUAAUGAAUGUGGAAGAGCUUUUUCUCGAAUGUCAUCUGUCACUCUACAUAUGAGAAGUCACACAGGGGAAAAACCCUAUAAAUGUAAUAAAUGUGGAAAAGCCUUCUCCCAAUGCUCAGUGUUUAUUAUUCAUAUGAGAAGUCACACAGGAGAGAAGCCCUAUGUGUGUAGUGAAUGUGGGAAAGCCUUUUCUCAGAGCUCUUCCCUUACUGUACAUAUGAGAAACCAUACAGCUGAGAAACCCUAUGAAUGUAACGAAUGUGGAAAAGCCUUCAGCCGGAAAGAAAACCUCAUCACACAUCAGAAAAUUCAUACUGGAGAGAAACCCUAUGAAUGUAAUGAAUGUGGAAAAGCUUUCAUUCAGAUGUCGAACCUCAUUCGACACCAGAGAAUCCACACUGGUGAGAAACCCUAUGCUUGCACAAUAUGUGGGAAAGCCUUUAGUCAGAAAUCAAACCUCACAGAACAUGAGAAAAUUCAUACUGGAGAGAAACCCUAUCAUUGUAAUCAGUGUGGAAAAGCUUUCAGUCAAAGACAAAAUCUCCUUGAGCACGAAAAAAUUCACACUGGAGAAAAACCAUUUAAAUGCAAUGAAUGCGGAAAAGCCUUCUCUCGAAUCUCAUCCCUUACACUUCAUGUGAGAAGUCACACAGGGGAGAAGCCCUAUGAAUGUAAUAAAUGUGGAAAAGCCUUCUCUCAGUGCUCAUUACUCAUCAUACACAUGCGAAGUCAUACUGGUGAGAAGCCUUUUGAAUGUAAUGAGUGUGGGAAAGCCUUCUCUCAAAGAGCUUCUCUUUCUAUACAUAAGAGAGGUCAUACAGGUGAGAAACCCUAUGACUCCAAAUGUGGAGAAUGUGGGAAAGCCUUUCCUAGUGGAUCAGACUUGAUGAAACAUCAGAGAAUUCACGAGAACAAAAAAAGUAACGGCAAGAAGCAUGCCUUAGUUUGUGACACUGAACUUCGGAAACGUCAGAGCGUGAACACUAGUGAGAAACCUCAUAAGUGUAAGGAAUGUGGGAAAGGCUUCCAGUCUAGCUCCCAACUUAGCAAACAUCAAAGGAUUCAUAUCGGUGAGAAACCCUAUAAAUGUAAGGAGUGCGGGAAAGCCUUUCCAUCAACCUCACAACUCAACUUGCAUCAGAGAAUUCACACCGAUGAGAAAUACUACGAGUGUAAGGAGUGUGGCAAGGCCUUCACCCGCCCCUCACACCUUCUUCGACAUCAGAGAAUCCACACUGGUGAGAAACCCCACCAAUGUAAAGAAUGUGGGAAAGCUUUCCGUUACGACACCCAGCUCAGCCUGCAUCAGAUUCUCCACACUGGGGAGAGACGCUUUGAGUGUAAGGAGUGCGGGAAAGUGUACAGUUGUGCCUCACAGCUGAGUCUCCAUCAGAGAAUUCACACCGGUGAGAAACCCCAUAAAUGCACGGAGUGCGGAAAGGCCUUUAUCUCCGAUUCCCAUCUUAUCCGCCAUCAGAGUGUUCACACCGGUGAGAAGCCAUAUAAAUGCAAGGAAUGCGAGAAGGCCUUUCGCCGAGGCUCAGAACUUACCCGACACCUCCGAGUGCACUCAGGCGAGAAGCCCUAUCCGUGCAGGGAAUGUGACAUGGCCUUCACUUGUAGCACAGAGCUCAUUCGACAUCAAAAAAUUCACACGGGUGAGAGACCCCAUAAAUGUAAGCAGUGUGGGAAGGCUUUUAUUCGACGGUCAGAGCUGACUCAUCAUGAGAGAAGUCACAGUGGUGAGAAGCCCUACGAGUGUAAGGAAUGUGGAAAGGCCUUCGGUCGUGGCUCAGAACUGAGUCGACACCAAAAGAUUCACACCGGUGAGAAGCCCUAUGAGUGUAAAGACUGUGGGAAGGCCUUCCUCCGGGGCUCCCACCUUACUCAGCAUCAGAGGAUCCACUUAGGGCAGAGGAGUGAGUGAGGAAACGUGGGGUCACUCAGAAUUUAAAAUUCAUCCCGGUAAGACAUAAGUAAAGCCCCUGAGGUAUAAAGAAUAGGGGAAAGUGUUCGAGAAUCACUGUGUCACGUAAGGGUUAGAAUUUACUGGACGUAUUUUUGUUACCGAUGAGAAAAUUUAUCAAUGUUAGGGAUUGAGAGGAGUUUGUGAGUGUUCUGGAAUUUAUUAGCUAUCAGUUCAGUUGGUGAAAAAUUGAAAAACUCCAUGAAUAUAAAGAAAAUGAGAAGCUUUAAGAAGCAGCGAAUGUAUUAGAGACAAUCUUUAAAUCUUUCUCAACAGCAGGGUCAUUAGCCAUUCUGGGUGGUCAGGAGAUACAUAUUUAUACCUGGGGUGCCAAUUUACUUGUUUUUCGUCUGGUAAGUCACACUUCAAGAAGACUACAUUAAUGUAAAAAAAAAAUGCAGCAAAUUUGUGCAGCAAAUUCUUCCUUUUCCAUUCAGAACUCCUUAAAUAUUUGCAAGCUUAUCCUCUCAGAUGAACCUGAGAAUGGGAAGGAUUAAGCCCACGUCAGGUUUUACCUUGCCUUCCAUUGUAACUCACGUCUCAUCGGGCAAAUUUAACUCUACCUGUUCUCAUUUAUAAAGUAGUAGUAUCAGCACCACAUUUCUUAGUACCGUUGUGAAGGUUAAGUAAUUAUAGUUCCUAGAAUAGUGUCUGACUCAUAGUGCUAAAUAAUAAUAAUAGUGUGCUAAAUAAGAACAUUUUUAUUUUCCUCAUUGCGUUUUUUUUUUUUUUUUUUUUUUUUUUUUUAAAGAUUUAUUUAUUUAUUUAUACAAGCACUGGGUACAGUCAGAAGCG